AGGAAUACUGCGUCGUCAUGGCCAACGCCCACCGGACCAACGUGCUGGUCACUUCUUGUCUGAAAACGCCGGUAGAUCCGCACACCAAAGCGCCGUUAGCUUCUUACGAGCGGGGGAGACGAGUGCUGCCACACACAGAUACCUGUUUAACGGACAACCGGGACUACGAGAGGGAGCGCAAGUACGAAGACUCUGGCUCUGAUUUCUGUGAGGAGGACUAUGUGGGGAGGGGGGGGGCUCUCAUGCUGACGGACUACAGAGCGGCAGGAGACCGCCUCGACCUGAGUGAGAUCUUCUUCUCCAAUGAGGAGUACUACAGCAAGCUGGAGGAGCUGAAGAAGGCUCACCUGCGCACCAUGGCCGAGCUGGAGAGCAUGUACCAGAGGAAGCUGCAGCUCAAGGCCUCGGAGCCCCCGGGAGCCACCGCGCUGCAGGCAGACAGGCACAGGGUCCCAUGGUCACACGGCAGCCCAGCAGCUUCACGUCACUUGAGGAAGUCUCAGUCUGCAGUUGAGCUGAGCAGGAGCUCCCCUCGGUCAGACUACUCAGACGAAGAGGAGGAAACGCAUGUGGAGAAAGGCUUGGUGUUCUCUCCUAAAGAGCACAUCAAGAACAUGUGGCAGGACUUCAAGCUGUCCCCUAAACACCUGUCCGCCUCCUCCGUGCAAAGCCUGUCCGCAGACCAGAAGAAGCCACGAAAGGGAAGAGGAAAGAAGAGGCAGGAGCAUAGAGACAGAGAGCAGGACAGCUUGAAACACAAAUCCACCGUCCCAGAACCUUUCCAGAUGAUGCUGCGUGAGGACGAGAGGCGGAAGCGUGGCAUCAAGUCUCGCUCAGAGAUCGAACAUGAGAACGCAGACCUGAGGCGGCAGCUGGUGGAACUGACCGAGUGCCAGAGGACAUUCAGGGCCAGCCCCAUACCGGCUCAUGUUCACCUCCCGCUCUACGAGGAUCUGCAGGGGCGCAAGAAGCGAGAAGACGUGCAACCUCGAACCCUCCAGAAGCCCUUCAGCUUCCUGGAGAGGGAGCGGCUGAAGAAGGAGCAGAAAGAGCAGCAUCCUUCACCCAAUGAGGACAAAGUGAAACCCUUCAGAGCCAAGCCUGUUCCCAGGUCUGUGUACGCAGCUGCCACAGGCGAGCAGAUGAAGGAGGAUCAGCUGUAUCGCUCCAUCAAGAUACAGAUGAGAGCUGAGGAGAUGCUCCACAGCGCCGCCAUGCCUCCCAGCAUGCUCACACGACGACUCAGCGACCGCAAGAAAAACAAAGACGGUAGCUCUGAGGUCAAAGGGGACGACAACAUCUCCCACAAACCCCACAUCAACACAGAGGUGCCUGACUUCGACGCCCGUUACAGACGCUUCCAGAAACACCUGGAGAAACAGAAGGAGGUGAAGCCCACUACUACGUGUGAACCAUUCGAGUUGAGGACGUCCCACAUCAGUUCGCACCGUGAACGCAUCCUGGCCGACAUGGAGAAGGAGCGGAGCAGCCCGAAGGCGAUGCGCUGGCCGCACGUCAGCCCCGGGAAAUCUCGCACGGCAAACUCUAGCCUGUGCUCGUCGCUCUCCGGCAGCCUGGAGAUCCUGCCGGGGAAAGUGACAGACGCCACAAAGAAGCGCCAUGACGCCGUGAGGAAGAAUCUGUUCCCAACAUCCCCGCUGAAUGCUCACAAACCAACACCCGUAGCCGUGUGUCAGAGUCAGAAACAGGUUUAUCACCAG